AUGCCUGAUUUGGCUCGAACAUCGGCCCACCACCACCACCACCACCACCAAUAUCAACAUAUCCCAGUUUCCCUUAGCCAGCCCGCUUCGACCAUGUCAUACUAUCAGCAACCUCGUCAGGUCUCGGCCUACUACGGAGAUCUUUCCACGACAGCGGCUGCUCCUCAGAUGGCCAUGUCUUCAUACGAUCCCUAUGCCGUCAGCGCCGUAUCUUCGAUGCAGAUUCCCACGGCCACCAUGGGAGGACCCGUGGGCGGACCUCUACCGGCACAGCAUCGCGCCUCUUCUGGAGCGUGGAAUCAGGACGAUGACAGAGCACUGCUCUCCCUCCGUGCCAUGGGCAAGAAUUGGAACCAAAUCCAGCGUGAGGCUCUCAAGCUUGAACGUCUCAGCAAGGAAUACAUGAGCAUGCGCAAGGAGAUCUGGAAGCCUUUGGCCGAUCGGUGCGGCGAGAAGUGGCACGUUGUCGAGGCCCAGUGCAUGUCCAACGGUCUCAAGAACAUCCAGUCCCACGCUCGCUCGUAUGGCCGGAAAGAACGCCUGGCAAACGGCCAGUCCUCAUCAGGAUAUGACGAUGACAGUGGCAUCUCGGGAAUCGGCCUCACGCCCAUUGAUGACGACGACGUGGAUGACUACAGCAGCCCUGAGCCCUCUGGUUCCAUCCACGGCGGACACUCUACUUCCGGCGGCAGCACCGGCAGCGGAGGCACGCCGUCUCACCAGGCUUUCGCCCAAAGCAGCUAUCAGAGUUACGGUUACCAGCCCCACCACGGUUACAGCAACAGCGUGUCAAGCACGGGCACUACCGGCGGAUAUGCCCACCACGGCGGCUCGAGCCAGGGGACGAGUCCCUACAUGGGUCAUGGUAAUCGUCUUCCCAGCGUGGGUGAUAUGGGUAUCAACAACAUUAUCAAUCGCGGUUCAGGGCGUGAUGCCAACUGA